AUGACUGCCCCACUCCAACCCUUCAACCCGCCCGUGGGGAUCCUCUCGAACUUCUGCCAACCACAUCCUGUCACCCUCAAGAUGAAAGAAAAGGGCAUGUUCAGCGGUAGCAUCACAGGCGACGACUUCAGCAUUACGGACGUGAAUGGACGAGAAGUCUGCAAAUGCAAGGGCAAAGUCAUGAGCAUCUCCGCUCGCAAGAUCUUCACCGACCCUUCGGGCCGCGAACUCUUUCAUCUGAAGAACAAAUUGCUUGCACUGGCAAAGUCUUUCAUUGGAGAAAGCCCGGAUGGGAAGCAGCUUUUCGAGGUAAAAGGGAAAUUCUCACGACUCGCAAUUGACAAGCUUCUCGCAGUGCUUUCUUCCAAGUCAACAAUCUCAUUCAUCAAUGCUUCGACCAACCAGAGCAUGACCCUCGACCUCAAAGGGGACUGGCUUGAUCGGUCUGCGGAGGUGACCCUACAAGGUCGUCCUGUUGCCACCAUAUCCCGCAGCUUCUUGAAUUUCGGACAGCUCGUUAGCGACAAGCAGACGUAUUAUGUCAACUGCGCCCCAGGAGUGGACUUAGUCCUCAUGGCCGCAAUCUGCGUCUGUUUGGACGAGAGGGAGAAUGACAAGUGA